UUUCUGUGUCCCGUUGGUAACUCACAUUCUCUCACAUUAAACGUUCUCUUCUUCUUCAUUAAUGCUAACAUGAGCAGAGUGCGCAGUGCACACCACCACCGCCGGUUAUGAAUCCCACAACCGACCAACUACCACCACCACCACCACCGGCCUUGCCAUUACAGCCACCAAGAUCCUCUUUCAGCUGCGACCGCCAUCCUGACGAGAACUUCACUGGCUUUUGCCCUUCAUGCCUCUGCGAACGUCUUACCACUCUAGAUCAAUCUGCCAUUAACGCCGCUUCCUCCUCCCGUCGUAAUUCUACCUCCUCCUCCUCCACCGCUGCCGCCGCUCUUAAAUCUAUAUUCCGAGUGCCUUCUUCCUCUAACACUACCUUCGAGGCCUACAGAAACAAGACGACAGCCACAGGUACAACCAAAACCUCAUUUUUCCCGGAGCUCCGCCGUACAAAGUCAUUCUCCGCCUCGAAAAACGAAGGCUUAGGAUUCUCUGCGGGGGUUUUCGAGCCUCAACGGAAAUCGUGUGACGUCCGUAACACGCUUUGGUCACUCUUCUCAAUCGACGACGACAACAAGCCCAGGCUCUCCUCCGCUCAACAACAAGCCCUAGGAAACACCGGCACUGUCCUCGAGACCAACAAAGAAGACGAAGAAGAAGAAGAAGAAGAAGAAGAAGAAGAAGAAGAAGAAGAAGAAGAAGAAGAAGAUCAAGUUAACGACGAAAAUAUCGAACAAGAGGUGAGGAAUGUGAAUGAUUCUGAGAACAACAUUGUGGAAGAAGUGGCUGAAAUUGAAGAAGAAGAGGAUGUAAUUGUGGAUGAUUUGAAGACCAUGAAGGAUCAUAUAGAUCUCGAUUCACAGUCUAAAAAGCCAACGUUGUCGAAUUUUUGGUCAGCGGCGUCGGUUUUAGGCAAGAAAUGGCAAAAAUGGAGGCGAAAGCAGAAGAAGAGCAACGAGGACUGCAACGGCGUCCUCUCAUCGUCUACAUUGCCUGUACCGAAGGCGAUUUCGCGUCAGUAUCGAGAAACCCAAUCAGAAAUCGCCGAUUACGGAUUCGGCCGGCGAUCCUGCGAUGUUGACCCCAGAUUUUCACUGGAUGCGGGUCGGAUCUCAUUUGAUGACCCGAGGUACUCCUUCGACGAGCCUAGGGCUUCGUGGGACGGCUAUAUGAUUGGCCGGACCUUCCCACGGCUUCCUCCCAUGGUGGAAGACGUGCCCGUGGUGCAGGUGCCCCGUUCCGACAUGCAGAUCUCCGUCGAAGAACCGGCUAAUGCAGACGAUAUUGUCCCCGGCGGAUCUAUCCAGACCCGGGAAUAUUACUCGGAUUCUUCUUCCAAGAGAAGGAAAAGCCUUGACAGGUCUAACUCCAUCCGGAAAAUGGCCGCCGCUGUAGUGGCGGAGAUGGAUGAAACAAAGGCGACGGCAGUCCCAGUUUCAAACGCUAAAGUUUCUCCUGCAACCAUUGAUUACAACUACAAUCCUGGAGGGUUACGAUUUCCAAGCAUCGGUGGGGAGCGAGAAUUAGCAAGGGAUUCAAAUUCAAAGUCUUUAAGGGAUGAUUGUUCAGAGACAUUUGAAUUAGGGUUCAGGGAUAAUGGGGUAGAGAAGAAGAAAGGUCGGAGAUGGAGGUGGAAGUUAUGGGGGUUCAUCCACCGGCGUGGCAGCAAAGACGAGGAGGACGAUGGGUUUAGCAGAAUUAACGGGGUGGUGGAGAGAUCUUACUCAGAAAGAGAAGGAGCAGGUAACAGGAAAGUGUUUAGAAGCAAUAGUAGUGUGAGUUGGAGGAAUUCUUCCAAGAAAAUGAAUCCAGAAACCAAUGGAUUUGGGAAUGGAAAGAACAGGAGAGCAGGAGGAGAUGAGUUUGUCCUGGAACGGAAUCGGAGUGCAAGAUAUUCGCCAAACCACACAGACAGCGGGCUUUUACGAUUCUACUUGACACCAUUGAGAGGUAGUCGAAGAAGUGGAAGUGGAAGUGGAAGUGGAAUCGGAAUCGGAACAGGGAAAAGUAGGCCAAUCAGUAACUCGCAAUCGAACGGAGGAGGAUGGAAGCUUAAGCCUUAAGGGGAUGGAAAGAGUGAGUGAUGAAGGUAAUAAGGAAGGAAUUCUACUACUGUGGAGGAGGGUACAAUUAGUUGAGAUAAACAAAUGUGAAUUGUCAAAGGUAAAGUUUUGAUCAAAGGGGAGGGGGGAUACAGUUUGUAGAAAGAUGGGUUGUUGGCUACAAAAUUUAGUCUUUCUUUCUUUCCAAAUGUCUGUUGUGUAAGUUUUGUAUUUGGCAAUUAGGCAUCAUUUUCCUCUUCUAUUUUCAAAUCCCAGUUUUGUAUUAUCAAACCCAAAUUAUCUCCUACAACGUAUUAUCUGUCCAAUGUUUUUUGGUGGUUAAUAAAUUGUCUUUUUUGCCUA